CGGGGGCAGGCCCAGCAAAGCACCUUUUCCCUCGUCUCUAUGGCCGGGCGCGGUUUAUAAAUGCUGCAGGCCGUCUAUGAGAGCAAGACACCGUCUCCUAGGCCGCAGGCUCAGCCAUGAGCUGCCCUUCGUGCAAUUCAUGCAGCGCGAAGCCGGACCCGCCCGUGCUCGCCGUCGUCCUCGAUUUGGACGGCACCCUCUUGGACACAGAGGUGGGUGGGAAGGGGGCGUUGAGGGAAUUCUUGGGCAAGUAUGGCAAGGUGCUGGACGAGGGGAAUGAUAAGAGAUUGGGGAAGACCUUGAAGGAGACGGCCGUUGCCAUGAUCGCCGACUAUGAUCUUCCACUGACUCCUGAUCAGUAUGUAGAAGAAAUCGUACCCAUGUAUCGUCAGGGGUGGGCGAAGGCCAGAGCGCUUCCUGGUGCUAAUCGACUUAUCAAGCAUCUCCAAAAAUGCGGAGUGCCGUUUGCUCUUGUCAACUCCUUGAGAGAAUACAUCGAUGCAAAGAUAUGUUGCCAACAAGGUCUAUUCAUAGAAGCUGCAAGAAGAAUGGGGAUGGAUGCAACUUGUUGCCUAGUGAUUGAGGACUCCAUGGUUGGUGUCCAAGCAGCCAAAGCCGCCAAAAUGAAGGUAGUGGCAGUUCCUUCGUAUACUGAAGCUGACUGUUCUUCCAUGGCUGAUAGCGUGCUUCAUUCACUUCUAGAAUUUCGGCCUGAGAUAUGGGGUCUCCCACCAUUCGAUGACUGGGUUAACAAUGCACUGCCAAUUGAAACAAUGGUCUUGAGCUGUCAACACGUGAAUGGUUCAUUAUAUGAAAUUGAAGAGGAUGGGAUGUAUGCUCUUCCAGCUCAAGCCGCAGGAGUUUACUUCGGUUGGGCCCAAAUCGGCCCCUGUACAAUCUUUAAGGCUGUGGCUGGCAUCAUAUUUGAUUCUCCAAGUGCCGUGAGGAAACUUCACUUGUGUUCAAUCGAUGGAAGUGUUGAUCGCGUGUCUGAUCAGCGCAUGCAGCUUUCCCUUGUGGGCUUCAUACGUGGUUUUGGACCAAAGGACGUCGUGUUGAUGGACAAAAUAAUAGACAAACGAGACAAGUCCAUCGCCAGUUCUUCUUUAGAGCUGCCAGAGUUCACACGCUGCAGCAACCCAUCUUUCAGUGAUUCGAAAAUAUAAAGUUCUCUGGCCCCCCCUAAUACUAGUAGGUCAAACCGAUCCAGCGGAGAUGACGACUGGAGCAGCCUAAAAUUGCGGUCUUGUUGACUUGAUUGUUUGGAGACAAUCCUGAUAAAAGGACCGGAUUCUUCGGGGUGAUUUUUUAAAUCGCAUAAUGUAUUCGAUUCAACAUCGAUGGAGUAUCAACAAUUACAGUGUAUCAUUACCACAUUUUCACAGCGAGAUUAAUCUCCUUUGUUAUGAAGUGGAAAAUGCGUGCA